AUGUCUUCAAUUUCAUCCCAGUCACGCCCUAACCGACGCAACCACAGCCUUCGAAGCAUCGAUCGCGUGUCUCGAAAUUCAUCACGUCUAAGGCCGAAACCUAUCAGCUAUGAAGAUGCUUACACUUUUGCUCUCCGAGCAGCAUAUCUACAUCAUGUCCUUCAAAAGCGUCCAAAAGGUCAACAGUUUAUCACAACAUCUAAGCCGUCUAAAAAAAUAGUUUCUAUGGGGGAUUUAAUUCAAGAUUUUUCCAUCGCGAGGGAUUCGACAGGUACAAAGCUUCCACAUGGAUUUAUGUCACCACUAGAACGGCGAAUUCAAGGCGUACUCACAGGCAAGGAGAAAUUUUCUGAAUUUAAUGACGCCACAGUUAAACGAAUAUUUGCUGAAGCAUACACUGCAUUUACUGAGCAGGGUUUCCGGAAAAGAAUGGACAAAGAACGUCGAGUCGAGGAUCUUGUCUUGAUAUUUUAUUCAAAUGCCAUAAAGGCUCUACAAAAAGGGGGUACAACAGAUGAAGAAUCGUGGAAGCUACUGGUUGACAGGCACGUUGCCCUCUUUGUCCGAUUGAUCAGUAUCACUCUCAAAGAUCAUGGCAAUGAUAAGUACAAGCCUGAACUUAUGGCUAAACUCACGACCCUAGAGAACAAGCUACUUACGAACGACCUAAAUCUAGUUGAAUCCUCACAAUCGUCUAGCGGAAAUGCUCCAGACACAUACAUUCCACCUAGCUACGAUGUGAAAGAUAUGGCCAUGGUACAAGUCGUAGCAAGAAUAUUCGGCCUCAAAAAUUCGCAGGUCCAGUCAGAUAUUGACUCACACAAGUUCAGCUGGACUCAAGAGGCUGCUAUUGCCGAUCUCAAAACCUAUCAGCAUUGCCUCAAUGCAAAUUCGAAAAAGACACUACGCAGUGAAGAUUUUGACUUAGAUGAAGGUUAUCACGCAUGGAUCAAAGCAGAAGGGCCUGAAUUAUUUCAAAUGAUAACUGACAUACUAAAGGUGAGGCCAGACCUUGCCAAAUCCUGCGGAUUAAAUCAAUCUUUGCCCGCGAUUCGUACUUCUACUCCAAAUUCAGAUGACCAGGCCUACUCUGAUAUAGCUCGAACCAUAGUAAAUCCGCUCGAUUCAAGCUCAUCAUAUGCAUUUGACCAACCUUUUGAUAUGAGUUUUUUAACACUAGAAGAUGAACACCCUGGUCCAGUAAUUCUUGAGGAAUCCAAGUACACCUUCAUCCCGGUCGAACCUAGAGCAUUUUAUCGCUCUAUUCUUUCUCAUGCGAUAGUUUAUGACCAACUACAUUGCACUCAAGCCGGUGAGGAACCGGAAAUUACGUCGCUUCUCUCUAAAAAUUCAAUUGAUCUGCUAACAGAGCUAUGUAUACGCUGGCGGAUACCCCAGUUUUCUCGUCUCAUCAUUUUUCUAGAUGUUAUAGCCCAUAAGUUUUUAGAUCAAGAGAUUGGGCUAGAAGAACUUGAUGCUGCCUUUGAGUUUAUUAAGAAUCCUCCACUAGAGACUAAACGUUUCUCUGUAAGCCUGCUCUCUUUCAAUCAGACUCUUUGGACUAUUCAAGACUUUGCACUAUAUCGUCAAAUUCUAUCUAGCCUAAAUGAUGGGCUUCUAAGAGACCUCUACGAUUUGUUACAACAUUGCUAUGACUCUAAAUGUCCAUCUCCAGGCCCAGUACUACUGAUUUUAGAAAAUCACAUACAUGGAGAUACUUCUUUUUCAGUAAGCUCAGAAGACAUGGAAGCCUUUAAGAUCCAGCUAGAAGACGGUCUGCGUGGUAAAGCUGCGGCAGUCUAUCGGGGAUACCUAGAAGCUGAAGUACCACAGCAUCAAGAAGAUUGGCAAUUUUGCCAUGUUGUCCUAUUAGGGAAAUCAGUCGUAAAAGCAUGCGAGCGUAUACAGAAACGCUACCGUAAAAAUCCAGAAAUAAUGGGUGUAAACCCUCUCACAAUUCUCGUGGAAACCAUGUUCCCCAGUUUUGAAAAUGACGCCGGCGAUAUAAUACAACGGAUUUUAUUUGUAGCACAAGAUAAAAAAAUGGAGGUUGAUUUGGAAGAUGGCUUCGCUCUAUAUAAAGAGCUGGUUGAAAUUCGACAAAUCCACCGCAAUGCCCUUCCAGACCAACCUUUUGCCUUCAAUAUUGAAGAGCUACUUGCUGAUUUUGUUUGGCGCUGGAUCCGUGUCACUGAUUCUAAUAUGAUAGAGUUAGUCGACCAAGCAAUCAAGCAAGAUAAAUUCGAAGUUCGCUUGCAAGAUCCUAGCCAUCUUGCUACUGACGACGAACGGCAUAGUGUCUCUAUUGUCGAUAUAUUUAGACUUUUCAAUGAAACUGCUAAUCAAAUAUUUCAACUCAACUGGGAUAAUGAUCUUCAGUAUGCGAAGUUUAUGACAGCUCUUUCAAAAUCGUUUGGUAUUGGUCUCGCAAGAUAUUGUGAAAGGUUAGAGCAAAUGUUCAGCAAGGAAAUGGAUAGACUAUCACCAGCCCAAGAAGCAGUUGUUCUACAGACCAAACAAGAAAAAUGGAUGCAAAUUGCAAAAGAUGCUUGGAAUAACAAAGAGAAAAUUGAGCCAUUUCAAUUUUAUCCAGAGUCAUUCGUCAAGUUGAACAAUAUCGAAUUCGCAGUAGAGCAGCUAGAAAUCCUUCAGAAAACAAUGAAUGUUGACGCAUGUGCGGAUGUCCUUGCCAAAGCAUCACUUUCAAGGGAUAAGCAAAUAAAACCAUCAAAAUAUGUAUUUACUAUCAAGAUUGUAGAAGCAGAAGAUAUUAAAGCCUGCGAUGCAAGUGGAACUAGCGAUCCUUAUUUAGUACUGGGGGAUGAAUUCCAAAAGCGAUUAGCAAAGACAAGAGUGAUAAGAAAAACAUUGAAUCCACGGUGGGACGAAUCAAUUGAUAUCACAGUUCAAGGGGCUCUCAAUAUAAUUGCAACUAUUUGGGAUUGGGACGCUUUUGGCGAUCAUGAUUAUUUGGGAAGAACCUCCUUAAAACUUGAUCCAAUUCACUUCAGUGACUACUUACCACGAGAAUAUUGGCUUAAUCUCGAUACACAGGGAAGAAUGCUUCUCCGCGUCAGCAUGGAAGGUGAAAGAGAUGAUAUUCAAUUUUUCUUGGGAAAAUCAUUUCGCCUUCUAAAGAGAACUGAAAGAGACAUGACGCGCAUGAUUACCGAUAAACUUUCGCAAUAUAUUAGUGCUUGCCUCUCGCAAGAAGCUCUUCAGCAACUACUAUCCCGAGGUCUCUCCAUAGCCGCUGUGACAAAUUUAUGGAAGAAUCGGCAAGCUGUGACCCCACCGCUGACACAAAUUGACAUCGAGAAUGCACUGAAACCGCUCUUCACAUACUUUGAUGAAAAUUUUGCAAUCAUGAAAGAAACCUUGACUGAAGCGUCUAUGGUUAUGGUAAUGAACAGGCUAUGGAAGGAAGUUCUUUUAGCGCUCGAGAGCCUAUUAGUCCCUCCACUUUCUGACAAGCCUUCAUCACAAAAGCCGCUUACGCAACAAGAAAUGGAUAUAGUUUUUAAAUGGCUUGAGCUUCUUUUUGAAUUUUUUCAUGCCCGGGACGAUAGUACUGGUGAGGCUAUGGGAGUCCCAGCGAAUGUGCUUAAGUCACCCAAAUACCAUGAACUGGCUUCAUUGAACUUUUUCUAUUUUGAUACGACAGAUAAUCUGAUACGCAUAUCUGAACGUAUGGCAACAGCAUCAGCUCAACGUGCAAAUCAACAUCGCAAUCGAUUAUCUGCGCCGCCGAGUUUUGGCGCAUCAUUUGGUGGACUAUUAGGCGCCUCUUCGGUUCGAAGGACGAAGAGUAUAAUGAUGAGCCGAAAUCUAGGUACUAUGAAGAAAGCCAAGGAAGAAAAGAGAAAAGAAGCACAGGCAGAUCCUAGCGACGAUAUGAUCCUUAGGAUAUUAAGAAUGAGACCAGAAGCGGCUCAUUAUCUGAGGGAUAGAAGUAGACAGAAGGAAAGACUAGCCGCAGCUGCAGCUGCAGAAAUGAUUGUGAAACAGAGUCUUGCUGCUAGCAGCGUGAACAAAUAUAGUGUAGGUAACGUGCAACGUAGGUAA